AAUCACCUCUGGGUUUUUUAUUUUUUCUUAAACAAACCAAAAACCACUGAAAAUUUUGAAAAAAAAAAGUUUUUUCUUAGUUUUUGUUAUAAAAUUAUGUAAAUAAGUGAUUUUUCUCCUUCACUGAUGUGCACUGAUAGGCUGCCCUGAUGGACACUGAUAGGUAGCAGUGAUGGGCACUGAUAAGGAGGCACUGGUAGGUGGCACUGAUGGGCUGGCACUGAUAGGUGGCACUGAUUGGCAUUGAUAGG